CCAAAUUUAUAAUAGCCCGUUGUUUGGAUUGUUGAUUAAAAAUUGGAAUUUAAGACCGCAGGAACGCAAUUACACCAAAGUGUAAAACUAUUAACUUUGAAAAUGAAAAAUGAAAUUUCAACAAAUUGCAAAACAUUUCGUAAUUGCUGCAAUAAUUUUACAAAUUAAUGUGUCAAUCAUAGUGGAGUGUGAAGGAGAACAUGAAGUGAUCAAAAAGCAAGGAGUUCCUGUUACAGAGGUUGCAAACAAUACCACUUUUUCCGGUAGUUCCACGACAGAAAAGAUUAAGAAUGUUAGUGACUCAGCCAAUUUUACCAAAAAUAUUUAUACAUCGCAAGAUGAAAUGCCUGAUUCAUUUAAAACGGGAUUUUAUAUACUAAUGUCUGUAGGAUUGGUCGGGCUUAGUUUUAUUAUUUACAAGGCUUUCAAAUUAAGAAUGACUCGAGCAGAAAGGAAAUAUGGAGUUCAAGGAGACAGAAACGCUCAAGAGCUUACCCCUCUUCCGACUUCAAUAGACGAAGAUAGCGACACUGAGGACCAAACAAUUUUUGAACUUAUUCGGCCGAAAUAAUAAGCUCAUUUAAUUAGAUAUAAAAUUUAUACAAAUUUUUUGCUGUUAGCCUUUAUAGUAACGUUAGCCUUAAUACUUAAAAAAUCACUACCACUUAUUACAACUAUUUUAUACUAAAACGAAUUAAUAUUUUUCAAUGUGAUAAAAUUUUGAUUAUAAAGUAAUAUUUUUCCAUUAA